AUGCUGCCAGUUCUAGCAGCUCUGAUUGCGGUGGCCGGAGCCCAGGCCACUCUGAGCAAUGCCACGAGUUCGCGAGUGCUGCAGGGUUCCCUUGGCAACAGCUCCAACUGGACGGAGAUGGUGAGCUUCAACAACACUCCGGGCAAGCGCUUGCUGCAGGGUGCCCUGGGCAACAGCUCCAACUGGACGGAGAUGGUGAGCUUCAACAACACUCCAGGCAAGCGCUUGCUGCAAGGUGCCCUGGGCAACAGCUCCAACUGGACGGAGAUGGUGAGCUUCAACAACACUCCGGGCAAGCGCUUGCUGCAAGGUGCCCUGGGCAACAGCUCCAACUGGACGGAGAUGGUGAGCUUCAACAACACUCCGGGCAAGCGCUUGCUGCAAGGUGCCCUGGGCAACAGCUCCAACUGGACGGAGAGGGUGAGCUUCAACAACACUCCGGGCAAGCGCUUGCUGCAAGGUGCCCUGAGCAACAGCUCCAACUGGACGGAGAUGGUGAGCUUCAACAACACUCCGGGCAAGCGCUUGCUGCAAGGUGCCCUGGGCAACAGCUCCAACUGGACGGAGAUGUUGAGCUUCAACUACACUCCGGGCAAUCGCUUGCUGCGAGGUGCCCUGGGCAACAGCUCCAACUGGACGGAGAUGGUGAGCUUCAACAACUCUCCAGGCAAGCGCUUGCUGCAAG